UCUGAAGCUUCUACCGAAUCUGCAAAUAGCCAUGGAGAUAGAGCAGUCGGAGAAGGAAGAGAUCAGAGAUGCUUCUGAAGAGCUUUCUCUGCAGUUCAUGACACUUGUUAACGCUAACGAUCUGGACACGCUCAAACAAUUGCAGCACCUAAUUUUGGGAAGGUUACAGGAUAGCAAUGCUGUCUUAUCCCAUUUGAACAAUUUUUCAGAGCACUGCUUUCAAGAGAUUUCUGGUGAUUUAUAUAAAAAUAUACGUCUCAUAAGGUCCAUGAAGACAGACCUUGAUUACAUAUUUCAGAAGCUGAGAAGCAUGAAGGCCAAGAUCAUGGCUACCUAUCCAGAUGCAUUUCCUGAUCCUUCAACAAUGCAACAGCUUGACCAAAGACCAGACCUUGAAAGGCUUCAGUAACAUCAUCUCUCUCUAUGAAGAAUGAGCAUGUGGGGUGUUAGAAUUCAGUGAUUUUGUAUAUAUAGUUUUCUCCUUGGUUUAAACUUGCAAUGUUGGUUGUACACGACAUGUGUUCAAUGUCUAGAGUAAAAUUAUUAUU